AUGAAGUUACCCUCACCUUCAUCAUCAUCAUUAGCAUUGAUGCCUUCUAUAUUACAAUCAGUGCAUGGUGGUACAACUACAAUAUCUAAUGGAACGUUGUGUGCAUCUGCAAUUCGUCUUGAUGAUGUAGAAUGGCCAGAAAAAUCGUCUAUUCUUAUGUUAAAAAUUGAUGUUGAAGGUUUUGAACUAAAUACACUUCGUUCAACCGAAAAAUUAUUUCGUGAAAAGCGUAUUCAUCAUUUAAUCUUUGAAUAUACAGCUUGGUGA